AUGCUGCUGCUGCUGUGCUUCCUCACGCUGCUGGCCACAUGCAGGCCUGUGCAGGCCACGUGGAACACCUGCGAAGGGAGCUGCGGAGUCCGGCCCUUGACUUCCGAUGAGGAACGAGGCAGGACACGCGUCGUGGGUGGCAAAAAUGCUGAGGUUGGGGCCUGGCCCUGGCUUGUCAGCAUCCAGGAUCCCUCGGUUUCAGGCACAGGGCAUCUGUGCGGAGGGUCCCUCAUCGGUACACGGUGGGUCCUCACGGCUGCCCACUGUUUUGCUGAGUCCAGGAACAUCAGCGCCAUGCGCCUGCUGAUCGGCGUCACCCAGCUGACAGAGCCGGGCCCUGAGGCCCAGGUGCGCCUGAUUAAGCGGCUGCUGAUUCACAAGGAAUACGAUCCUGCCGACCAGAGCAACGACAUUGCACUGCUGGAAAUGAGCGAGCCUGUCCAGUGCAACUCCCACAUCCAGCUGGUGUGUGUGCCCAAAGCCACGGUGAACGUGGCACAGCUGGAUACCUGCUAUGUCGCUGGCUGGGGUGCUACCACUGCAAGAUCUCAAAAAUCCAGCGAUAUCCUGCAGGAGGCCAAGGUCCACCUUAUCAAUGUCCAGAUCUGCAAUAGCAGUGAGUGGUACCAGGGGGACGUCCAUACCCACAACUUGUGUGCUGGCUACCCGGAGGGUGGCAUCGACACCUGCCAGGGUGACAGCGGGGGUCCACUCAUGUGCAAAGACAAGGACGCUGACUUCUUCUGGGUUGUUGGAAUAACCAGCUGGGGCAGAGGCUGCGCCAGGGCGAAACGGCCUGGAAUAUACACUUCUGUUCGGCACUUCUAUGACUGGAUUGCGCUCCAGAUGGAAAUGCUCCCACAGUCAUGGAAUCCUUAUCCAACCGCCUCACCACCCUGGACUCAUCCUACAAAUGCCCCAUGGCCCACUCAGAAGCCAUGGACGAGACCACCUACCACUCAGAUGCCAUGGACGAGACCACCUACCACGCAGAUGCCAUGGACAAGACCACCUACCACGCAGAUGCCAUGGACAAGAACCAUGCCCACUCCAAAGCCAAGUUCGUUACCCACACCAGUGGAAGAGAAUAAUAACUGCCCAUAUCCACUCAAGAAGCUGAUGGAAUUCUUCACUCAGAUACAGAAGCUUCUGAAGAACCUACAGGGGAUUCCAGACAGCAUUGCCUCAGCCUCCUCUGGCCGGGGCUGUGACCUGCUGGAGUCACUUGAGCUCAGCCGGGCCCAGAUAGACCCCGUGGCACUGCUGGACCUGGAGAGAGGUUUGCUUUUUCUUGUCAUAAACCUCUUCCUUAGCAGGAAGCUGUCAGGAGAAGGGGACGGAAGGAUCACAAACCCUCCCCCGCCCCAGCGCUCCCCACCAGCCGGGACCGGCCGGGGCCGCGCGGCCGCCAUCGCCGCGACAACGCUGCCCCCUGGCGGCGGGAGCGCGGGGAAUGCCUGGGGAUGGAUCCCGGGGGCCCGGGAAUGCCUGGGGAUGGAUCCCGCGGGCCCGGGAAUGCCUGGGGAUGGAUCCCGCGGGCUCGGGAAUGCCUGGGGAUUGACCCGCGGCCCCGGGAAUGCCUGGGGAUGGAUCCCGCGGGCCCGGGAAUGCCUGAGGAUGGAUCCCGCGGCCCCGGGAAUGCCUGAGGAAUGGAUCCCGGGGGCCCGCACGGAUCCGCCCGGGAGCGCGGGGAACGCGCCAUUCCUGCCCCGAGCCGCGCGGGCAGACGCCGCUGCCGGCAGCCGCUGCCUCUGA